CGCUUAGCGCCUCCUUUGCCGAGUCCUUUUCCUCCUUUACCACGACCAGUCAUUUUCAGUAGAUGUUAACUGUUUGAACGAUGGAUUGAAACUAAUGCCACAUUCGGCCCUGAAAACCGCUUUUAUGAUGGCGAGGGUGUCAACAUCGUCUGAAAACAAACCUUAGCCAUGGCCCGUACAAAGCAGACCGCUCGUAAAUCCACUGGUGGAAAAGCUCCUCGUAAGCAGUUGGCCACCAAGGCAGCUCGUAAAAGUGCCCCGGCUACCGGAGGCGUGAAGAAGCCUCAUCGUUAUCGUCCCGGAACAGUCGCUCUGCGUGAAAUCCGUCGUUAUCAGAAGUCGACUGAGCUGCUGAUUCGCAAGCUUCCGUUCCAGCGUUUGGUCCGUGAAAUUGCCCAGGACUUCAAAACCGAUUUGCGUUUCCAAAGCUCUGCCGUUAUGGCUUUACAGGAAGCUAGCGAGGCUUAUCUGGUUGGUCUUUUCGAAGAUACCAAUCUGUGUGCCAUCCACGCCAAACGUGUCACCAUUAUGCCAAAGGACAUCCAGCUGGCUCGUCGUAUCCGUGGUGAACGUGCUUAAAGCGGUUAUCAGUUUUCGUUUGCUUCUAAAUUUCUAAAACA